AUGGCUGCCUCGGCUUCCGUGAUCAGCUUGCAGGGGAUUGUUUCGCGUGAAUCUAAUCCCUUGGAAUCUCAGGUGGUCUCGGUUACUUUCGUGAACAGUGAAGAUGAUGGUAAUGAUGAUGAUGAUGUGUUUGACGUGAGAUCGAAGGUUGAGUUUGGUGGCACCAUAAGAGCUUUUUCGAACACGAGCUUCAAUCUACUUCUCAAAAGGAUUGAAGAGGUGAUCAUAGCCCAGGCGAAGGUCUACAAAUGUUCGGCCACGGUGGACUUCUUCAAGAACUCAGACGCGAUUUACCCGCCAUUGGUCAACGAUGACCGGAUGUACAGUCACGCGAAGCAGUCAGUCCUCGACCUUUUGGGGCCCAAGGGCUUUCGGGUCGUCCAGCCCGUUAUGGGGUCCGAGGACUUCUCGUUCUACUCGGAGACUGUCCCCUCGGCUUUUUUCUUCAUUGGUAUUAAAAACGAGACCUUAGGCUCGGUUCACUCGCCCCACUCCCCACAUUUCUCGAUUGACGAAAAUGCCCUUCCCGUGGGGGCAGCUGUCCACGCAGCCAUAGCCGAGAGGUACCUAAACGAGCGCGAAGUGAUCCUGUCGAGCAACGGGCUUCGCGAAGAAGGAUGA